AUCACAUACCGUAUUAUACUCUCUCUUCCACCGGCUUCCAUCAUUUAGCUCGAAUCAUAUUCAUUCCUGCAUAUUACUAUUUCAACCAUGGCCUCCCCCUCCUCCCCAUCCACUCCCUCUCUCACCAAUUUACCCCCCAUGCCUCCUUCGCCAACUCAUUCAUUCGCCUCGACAGCCUUCCCAACGGCUUCGUUGAACAUCCCCGCACCGCCUCCCCCGCUGUUGCCGAAGAGCUUCCUGACGAGGGCCGACGUGGCGGCUUCGAUAGCGGCUUAUGAGGAGCUCCUCGAUUCUGCAAAAUCCUAUAGGAAGUCUCUAGCUACAGUAGCGGCCGCUGCAUCCGCAUUUGGUGCAGCGUUAGAAUCAUGUGCAAAAUGUAGCUUUAUGUCCCGUGAAUAAUAAAGGAUGCUACACUGACUGACACCUUUUUUUUCUUUUUUUCUCUCUCAUGUCUAGGCAAAGGAGCAGGUGACACCGCUGACGGUCUGAUGAACGCCGGGGGUCUCCAAUACCUGAUAGCUAGCAACACACACAUCCUCUCGGAGAGCUUAUACAGAGGCUUCGAAGUGCCGUUGCUCCACGAAUUGGACGGCUACAAGGAGAAAACAGCAGAGAAUGAGGAAAGGUACAAGAAGGAAGCGAGCGAGAAGAGCAAAGAGCUGCGAAGGCGAGAACAGGAGCACCUGAAGCUGGCAAGACAGAGAAAACGGAGUGGGUAUUCCCGAUCCCUUUUUUUUGAGAACAAAAUGGUGCAGCUUUCGACGUGGAACCAACCAGCAGCAGCUGAUGCACACGAAGACCUCUCUGCGUUUCGCAGCGCUCUGGUGGACCUCACGCGCCAGAUAGAUGAACUGGACAACCUCAAGUACGCGCACUACCGGGAAGCACUAGCUCUCUCACAGGAGACCUCCACACGGAUACUGGACUCCUCGGCGCUAGUAGUCCGCGCCGAGAUUGAGAUAUUUGAGAAAAUCGCGCAGAAGGGGUGGGAUUCCUCUGGUGGUCUGGACGACUUGAUAUCCCGCUCCGCGGACCCAUUCGCACACGAGUCCAGCGGGGGCGUCAAUGGCCAAGGCGAGAUCUUCUCUAUCCUACCGAGCCAGAGCAUCCUACCAAGUCCACAGAGUCCGGGUAUGAGCCGGCCAGACUCCAUAGAUGACGGUCAUGGCGGUGGUGGCAGCAGCACCACCACAACAGCCGGCGCCAGCGCCACAGAUGGAAGGUACCAAAGCCUGACAGGUGCCCUAUCCAACCACGGCGACUUUGACGAUUACGAUGACGAUGAUGUGAGGAGUAUAUUCUCUGGGGGCUUCUCGAGCCCGGAAUUAGGUGGCAAUGGCAAUGGCAAUGGCAGCGGCCUCGGUAGAGGAGCGGGGAGAGUCGGAAUUCCACCCUUUUCACCAUCCGCCAGCAGUGCUGGUUGGGUAACCAGAACCAACUCGGCCCACGCUGACAGCACGCCACUGAAUCCACCUAUAUCUCGCGUGGAGGGGGACGUGGGGAUGAGUAGGGAAAUAACUACUGCUACUACCCGCGGGCAUGAGGAAGACGACGACGAACAGAUGGAAGAUGAAGGCAGCGUGGGGACUGAUACUACCGUAUAAAAAUCAUGGCUAUGAGCCACGAUGAUCUAAAAAGAUGAAUAAAUGAGCUGUUUUAUUUUAUAGAGGGAGGUAGUGUUUGUUGUGGCCUCAAUUGGAACACCCAACAGCACUCACUGGGUUGGAUCGUGUUACGCCGUUCCCUCUUUUCCCCCUUUUCGUGUCAGGUGUUAUGGAGUAUUUACUGUUUGGGCAAUAUGGGCUUGUUCUUUUCAAUUUUGUUCUUCUCUUCCAUCUCAUUUUCAUCUCUCACUCAUAUACACCCCCUCCACACGCACAGUUAUUCUAGCACUAGUAGCAAUCAAGGCAUGAAGC